AUGUCGGAUUUCUCGUGCACAUCAGUGGUGGGAGUGAACUUCGAAUUGACUGCAAGGUACUCAGAGCCACAGCCAGUAGAGCUGGAUGCCUUCGGGCUCAUGUGCUCCGCAAAAGACAGUAUUUCGCACCAGUUAGUCGCCAUCAAAAAACUCGCAAAACCAUUUGGUUCUGCUAUGCUGGCGAAGCAAGCUCUCCGCGAACUUAAACUGUCAACACAUUUACAACAUGAAAAUAUUAUCGGUCUUGUGGACGUAUUCAUAUCACCCAAGGAAGACCUUUAUAUCGUUACGGAGCUUAUGUGGACCAACCUCCAAAGAAUCAUUGGGAAAGGCCCAAUCGAUAAUGAUUUCUCGAAAUAUUUCCUUUACCAAAUAAUGCGCGGGCUAAAAUACGUCCAUUCUGCGGGCAUCAUUCACCGUGAUCUCAAACCGAGCAGUAUACUCAUCAAUGAAAACUGCGACCUGCGAAUAGGCGACUUUGGUCACGCUCGACUGCGGGAUCACCAGAUGACAGGCUACGUCUCUACCAGAUAUUACCGCGCUCCGGAGAUUAUGCUCACAUGGCAAGAAUACACCGAAAAGGUAGAUAUUUGGAGCACGGGUUGCAUAUUUGCGGAAAUGCUUCGAGGCGUGCCUUUAUUCCCGGCUACUAGCCAUGCCGAUCAAUUUUCUUUAUUCGUAAAACUUUUGGGUAAUCCCGAAGAGCGAAUGGUGGAAACGAUUAAAAACAAACAUACAAGAUCCUUUGUUCAGUCUCUGCCUAAGUGCAAACGUGAAUCUUUGCCUGAUGUUUUCCCCGAUCUCGACCAAGAUGCAAUGGGACUCCUCGAACAAAUGUUGAAUUUCGAUGUGGAAAUAAGGACCAACGCGCGGGACGCGCUGUCUCACCCGUACUUGGCACCUUACCACGACCCUGAAGAUGAGCCAGUAGUCAAGACACCAUUUGAUUGGAGCUUUGAUAACGCCGAGGUAUCUAUCGAGACCUGGAAAGCCGCUAUAUAUAAGGAAGUUGUUCUCUUCCGUCAGCAGGCACUCCGAUCUCGGCGUCCGGUCAACAUCCGCGAUGCGAUCAUCAAUGCAACCAAGGGCCACGUAAUGAGCACUGUCACCCCAGUAACAACAGAUACAGAGUCGGAUGAGACCUCGCUUUUUGGAGAGGGGAGGUUUGAUGAUGCAUUAUCUUCAUUUUGUAAUGAUUUUCACUCAUGA